GAUCAACAGCGCAACACUGCAAUCUCAGUAGCCGGCAUAACACGAGUUAAUUUCCCCUUCGCUGUUAAGUAGCGUGCACAUCAGUUCGUUUCCUGCUUGUUAUUCCGUGGGAAUACUCCGUUACAGUCAUUUGAGCCGACAAUAAUCCCGGUCGGUGCAGCGACGCGCGCCGCUGCGAUAUUUCCAGUCGUGUUUGUUAUUUUUACAUUAAUUUUUUUUAUAUUUUGAUCAUGGACCUUACGGAAGAAGAAGCGGUAUUCUACGCCAGCCUGAACUGUACGAUGAAUAGUUCGACGGAAGUGCUGAUGUUCCUGAACCAGAGUGAUCCCGGCUACCUGGUCCAGAGAUACAACUACAUCAGUAUCUUGCUGAUUUUAGCCGGGUUUGGUGUGGUGCUGAAUGCCAGUAUGAUUGCGUUCCUGCUGAAAAAUGCCAUGUACCGGCAUUCGGCGCUGAGCGUUCUGUUACUACAGCUGUUUGUGGCUAAUCUGCUGGUCUCGGUAUUCUGUCUCCUGGCCGACGGGAUCUGGAACAUCACCGUGCAGUGGCUGGGCGGGGAUUUUCUCUGCCGCAUCAUCAAGUUCUUCCAGAUGUUCAGUUUAUACGCCACCACCUUAAUCCUCACCGGGAUGAGCAUUGAGACCUGCAUUACCGUGACCUUUCCGCUGAGUAAAUCCAAUAAGUCGGAGAGUCAAUCGCGGGUGAAAGUCAUCAGCGGAUUUGCCUGGCUGGCCGCGUCGCUGUGCAGUGUGCCGCAGGCGGUGAUCUUCCACACGGAACGCGCACCGAUUUGCGCCAAAUUCUACCAGUGUGUUACGCACGGUUUCUAUUCGAGUACCGAUCAAGAGCUGGCCUACACCAUGGCCACGUUAAUCGUCAUGUGCUUGGUGCCGCUGUGCAUUAUUAUCAUCUGCUAUCUGGUCAUCUCCGUGGCCAUCACCCACGAAUCGCAGAUUGCGGCCGGGAAUCUCGAUUCUGGCACUAAUUCGCGAAUGUGUAUGUGUUACCUAGAAGAGAUCAGCAUCUCCAUGUCCAGCAUGCAAAACACGGCGAUGCUGCGGCCGGCCAGUUCGGGCCAGGGAAAACGUCUAUACCGCAAGACCCGGCAAAUCUCCUUGUGGAUGACUUUCAUCACGGCUGCUAGCUUCGUUAUCUGCUGGGUGCCGUACUAUGUCGGAAUGCUGGGGUAUUUAUUCCAGUGGAGCAUUUCCAGUCAGACGCUGACUAUUAUUUUUUGUCUAGGUAUGAGUUUUUCUGUUGUCAACCCCAUAAUUUUCGGAGGAUUUUUAUUAACCCGCCAUUCCACCUGGAGAAAUAAACAGUGGGAUUACACCAUAAAGAGACCUUUUGUAUUCUCUUCCAAUGUUUUCAAGAGAGCGUGUAUCACAUUUUAAAUGAUUUUUUUAAUUUAUUGCUUAGCAUAGCUUGACCUGUACAUCCCGUGCGCAAACCGUUUGUGCUACAGCUGUCUGUGAAUAAUUUGGUGGCGACGAUUACGACAAAUUAUUUGAUGCUUGACCGUUCUUUUCUAGAUGCACAGCUCGCCGAA